UUGAUAUUGAACUCUGUCAUGGUCGAUAGACUUUGAUUUGCGGAUAUUGUGUAAUAUAGCGAACAGCGCUUUCGCGAGGAAAUGGGGUCAUAAUCACCAAAAUUAUCUAAUCAUUCAUCAAACCGCUUCAAGGACUUUUGGCGGCACGCGUACGUUUUAUCAUGUUUGAAGCGAUUACUCUUAUGACAACCAACUUUUUGCGUACAUUUGUGCAACAAAUUCAUGGCAAACGAAAAAGUGACACCCUUCGCAAAACAAUGUUUCGUCACACUAGCUGUUGGCAUCAACCUCAUCGGCCAUGGAGCUGUGAUGGGGUUUGCAGCGGUCUUGCUUCCACAGAUCCAUGAGGAUUCCGGCUUUGUGGUGACAAAAACUGCUGAUUCAUGGAUAGCGUCAGUGAUAGGCCUCACGCUGCUGAUCGGCAACUUCUUCGCAGCGCCUGUGAUGGGACCUUUGGGCCGGAAGGUGGCCCACUACACUAUCAGCGUUUCCGCCAUCGUGGGUUGGCUAGUCACUAUCCUCGCCACCAGUGUUGAGGCUCUGAUUGUUGGAAGAAUAAUCCAAGGUCUUUCCUUUGGCAUGAUGCUGCCUCUUCGAUCAAUCCUCAUCGGCGAAUACACCAGCCCCAAGUACCGUGGCGCCUUCUUAACCACCGUCUCUCUAACUCAAGGCUUCGGUAUUUUCUUCGUACAUCUACUAGGAUCUCUCGUCAGCUGGCAAAAGACCGCUCUCAUCUGCGUGUUCCUACCUUUCACAAGUCUUGUCAUGACCAUCUUCUGCCCAGAAUCUCCAAGCUGGCUAGCAGCUAAAGGGAGAUACGAUGAAUGUAGAACAGUCUUCCACUGGUUGAGGGGAACCAGCGAAGAUCAAGAAUUAGAAGCUAUGAUCAAAGCGCGCCAAGAUUUUCAAGAGGACAAAGUAAACAGAAAGAAUACCACCUUGAUUGAAACAGUGAAGAAAAAAGAGUUCUACAAACCGAUUAUUUUAAUGGUGCACACGUACGCUAUGGGACAAGUAUCUGGUGCCACGUCCAUGGCGGCGUAUUCCACGACAAUAAUUAAGUUAAUCAUGAGUCCAAAUGUAAAUGCAGAAGCAUGGAUGAUAGGUCUGGACGCUCAGCGUUUAGUGGGUAACACCUUAGCGAUCUAUGUUAUCAAUAGAUUUAGAAGACGAACAAUGAUGUUCCUCACUGGAGGCAUUUCUUUUCUCAGCCAUUUAGCUAUAAUUACUUAUGUAUGUUUAAGGAAUUCUGGUGUGCUUACUUAUGAUGAAAUGUGGGUACCAGGGUUACUGGUUUGUACUCAGUUCUUUGCCAUAGCAAUUGGAAUGGGACCUUUACCCAGCGUUAUAGCAGGUGAGGUAUUUCCGCUAGAAUAUAGGAGUAUUGCUGGCACCAUUAGUAUCGUAGCUAUCGCUGGAACUCUGUUCGUGGUGCUGAAAACAUUCCAGGGGUUAGUGGACGCCCUCGGCAUUGAAGGGACGUAUGGAGUAUAUGCGGCUAUAAUCGGAUAUUCUCUGGUGGUAAUGUGGUACUUGAUGCCGGAGACAAAAGACAGAACCUUGCAGGAGAUCGAAGAUGAGUUCAAGGGGAAAUCUGAUGCGAAAGGAGAUGUUGAGGAGAAGAAGUCUUUGAAAGUAGAAUUAACUGAUAUAAAAGAGUGUGCAUAAGGUUGUAUAGCCUGACCAGGAAUAUAAAGGACCCGGUUUAGAGGAGCCAAUUUUGCUUUAUCUUUAUAAAGUUAAUGUUAUCAGUACAAGAAAUCAAUUUCAACUUUCAUAUUUUACCACAACAUAGUGAGGCUUUCUUUGUGUCCUGGUCAAGCAUUAGUAAGAAAUAUAGGCUAUAAAAGAAGCUACGGAAGAUAGCUAGAAAAAUGCUGUAAGAUCAAGCGAGCUGUAGGUACGUGGGUAAUUUGUUAAAGUUAAUCAGAGAGGGUGUAACUGUGAAUAUAUAGUUACUUACCCUCUUAAACUAAAUAUACGCUGUACCUUUAUUGCACUCAAAGUGAUGGUUCGCUCGUUUGCUUAACAUACAAACUCUACUAACAUAGGAAGAGGUGCAACUAGUGUAGCCUAUUUUCGCCGUGCGUACUUACUCUGUCCUAUGAUAUGAUAGGGUCCGAGCUUUCACCAUAUGCGGCACAAAUUCAAGACUUCGGGCUGAUACCGAGGAGAAAACCCAAUAUACUUAGCCGGGGACUAAACCCGAGACCUCAGCUAUGCAUUACAGUAAUACAACUACGUCACUGAGGCAGUGGUAGGAAAUCCUUGAAAUAUAAUCAACAUACUCACAAUAUUCAUAGAAUCGAAUAUUAGUUAGACAAAUAUGUACCUAUAAUAACUCCUGUUUACUUAAAAUUGUGUACUUAACAUUAUGGGAUCAAAAAGGCUUAUGAUGAUUAGAAGAUUUGUCGUAUUUUCGAGCAUAUAUCUUGUGAUAAUGAUCUUUUUAUCUUAAAAUCAUCUUCACGUGAUGAAUGCGACAUAUUAUAUGAGUCAGCAAAGAUUUGCUUUGACGUAAAUCGAAGUAACAUAAAUCAAAAAUAACAAUAAAUGUUCAAUUGUGAUAGAAAAUGUUCCAAUUUAAUAUGAUUAAUAUGGUGUUAUAUUCAAAUAUUUAGAGAUGUCAUUCAUUAUGAAAAUGAAGAAGAAUUAUUUAAAAAUGCAAUUACCAACGUCCAUAAGAUAUAAUACUCUUUAUAAUAUAUUAAUUUAUAAUAACAAAAUACCUCUAUUGUAGUUGGAGGUAGUAUUUAUGUAUUCCAAAUAGUUCAAUUAUUGUUAAUAAGUGUGUACUUAUAAGUAGAAUAAAUAUUUUAAAA